AUGACAUGUAACAUGCCAGACAAGAUUAAAUGCCAUGUGGCUAACUGUUUGCUCAAGUCAUUUGGUGUUUAUCCCUUUAGGCUAUUUUUCCAACCAUCUAGUCGGUCUGAACUUCAGAACCUGCUGGAGUGGGUUGGUGGACUUCCUCCAUGGAAGGAAUUCUUCAAACCAGUCGUUAAUCUAGUUGAUUAUCAUACUACUGAUACAAAUAUCAUAAACUGGCCGUGUCAGAAGGAUUCUUGUUCAGUUGUAUAUGUUUCUUCUGGAAUUAAGUACUUUCUUUCAAGGGAAGAGUUGGAGGAGGUAGCAAAUGGUUUAGAGCUUAGCAAGGUUAGCUUCAUAUGGGUAGUUAGGUUUCAAGGUGGAGACAGGGUAAGCAUCCAAGAAGCAUUACCAAAAGGCUUCUUGAAGAGAGUUGGUAAGAGGGGUUUGGUGGUAGCAGGUUGGGCUCCACAAGCAAAUAUUCUUGAACAUUCAAGCAUUGGAGGAUUAAUCAGUCAUUUUAGUGGGAGUUCUACAUUAGAGGGAAUGGUACUUGAUGUGCCAAUUACUGCUAUGCCUAUGCAUCUUGACCAGCCCUUGAAUGAUAGGCUGGUGGUAGAAAUUGGUGUAGGCAUGGAAGUGCCAAGAAAAAGUAAUGAGAGGCAUAGGUGACCAAUGCAAAUAUUAUGGAAAAAAGGGGGAAAGAAGUAAGGAGAAUAGCUAAAGAAUUGAGUGAGAAUAGAGGAAGAUAGCAGGAGA